CUAUCUGUGCUGCAGUGGAGCCUGGGGGUGUGCUCUGUCAUCGGCUGCGUGCGGAGCCCAGUCUGCAGGAACAGAAACAGAAAGGAGGACAGCACCAAAGGAGGGUUCACGGGGAGAGGAGAAGCCAUGUACAAGAAAAAGCUGAGAGGCAUGUAUAUAUCUAAGAAGGUGUUAAAGCAUCAUUUUGACCCCCGUAACACUCCACAGAGUGCAUACCUACUAUGCAAACUGCAGUGGGGUGAGACGGGCACGCCUUGGAUACAUUGGGUCAAAAAUGUAUGGGAUUACCAUGCUGAAGUCUACUUCCUGGAGAAGAUCUUUAAGAUGAGAAGAUCCAAUAAUUAUGUCAACUGUUCCAUCAACUGGUACUUGUCCUGGAGCCCCUGUGCCGACUGCUGCUAUGAAAUACUGAAUUUCUUAAAGCAGCACUCAAAUGUGAACAUAAACAUACAUAUAGCACGGCUUUAUUGCAUAGAAGAUGAAGAAAACCGCCAAGGUCUGAAGAACCUUGUGAGCUUGGCAGAAGUAACCAUUGCUGUCAUGAAAAUUGAAGGCAAGGUUUCCUGUGCUUUGUGGGACUGGGAAGGGGUGAACUGGUGA